UCAAUAGCAAGAAUACCAUGUAACAGAUAUCCAUAACAACAACAACAACAACAACAACAGCAUCAGCAACAGCAAUGGUAGUAGCAGUAGCAGUAGUAGUAGUAAUAGUAAUAGUAGUAGUAAUAUUGGUAACAGUUUUUAGUAAAAUAUGCAGAAACGAAGUGGAAGGCUUGUUCGUUUUGCUACAUAGCAAUCUUUAUGUACUUACUGUAAAGAUUAAACUGAAUAGAGUGAGUCGGUUAGUCUUGCUGUUGAAUCCAAGCAUGCCAUUCAUCACUGAUUUGCAUGAAUAUAAAAGCAAGUCCGCCAAUUAACUUUUUUCCAUUUGGAAAACAUAAACCUGGUUAGAUUUUUCCCUCACUGUCCCUCUUUCUUUUUCAUAUUUCCCGUACAUUCUUUCCCACA